AUGGCCAUUGCCAGAUAUCACCAGAGUGUAAUUGCUCUCAGAGAUUUAACCCAUUAUUCCCGGAUAUCUAAAUCUCUGAGAGCAAUUACACUCUGGCCAGGUUCAUCUUAUACCAUAGGUCUGGGUGAAAUUGGAAUUAUACCUAAAUUUCCUCAGUGUGAUGGGUUAAUGGACUUUAUUAAGCACUGUCAAAAGACUACAUUACAGGUUAUACCUUUUGAUGUUUUACAGCGAAGUUAUUGCAGUUUAGCUUGUAUGUUCAUAGAAAAAGGAAAGGAAUUACUGCUGUUGAGGUGUAGAAGCUUCAGCCAAGCCAUGUCCCAGGCAAAACCUUGCCUCACAGUUGUAAGAGACAUUAAGUCCUGCCAAGACAAAGAAUUCUCCUUUGAUAAUGAAAAUCAUAUUUCCAUUAAAUGGACAUGGUCAAUAAUUAUUAUUUUUCCCCAGGGUCGAGUACGUACAAAAACGGUCAAGAAGGCUGCACGUGUCAUCAUUGAGAAGUACUACACUCGCCUCGGCAAUGACUUCCACACAAACAAGCGUAUCUGUGAGGAGAUUGCCAUCAUACCGUCAAAACCACUUCGCAACAAGAUUGCUGGGUUCGUGACUCAUUUGAUGAAACGCAUCCAGCGUGGACCAGUUCGUGGCAUCUCCAUUAAGCUGCAGGAAGAGGAGAGAGAACGACGUGACAACUAUGUGCCAGAGGUCUCAGCCCUUGAGGAGGACAUUAUUGAAGUUGAUGCUGAUACCAAGGAGUUGCUGAAGACCAUGGACUUUGACAAACUUGCUGGCCUUCAGGUGACCCAGCCUGUUCCUUCUUCUAUUGGCGGAAGGCGAUAAACUAAGCUAAUAAAGAAAGAGGAAA